UAAACAUCACGUUAUUAAAAAGGAUAUCUAGACUGAAAUGCUCAGGAUUUAACUUUCCAAGGGGAAUUUAAUACUUGCCUAGGACACAAAUACAACUUCAUGCUAGUCAAUGCAUUUCAGCGGUGAGGUAUUAGGCAAGGUACCAUUACCGCGGAGCUACCAGUGGAGCAGUGCAACUAGGAUAGCAAGGUUUGGAUAUCAAUGCUUAAUCAUGCAUCUAGCACAGCCUGAAGUUGCUGUACCAUUUGUGCAUAAAUAAUGGUGAGCACCAUUAGUUUCACUCUUAUUUUGACAUCAAAUUCUCACCCAUUGUUUUGUGCAUCUACAGCCUUACCAAUGUUGUCAUGAUGUAACCUCAGUUCCAUUGUUCUCAAAACUCCAUUGUGUUGAAGGUUGAUGUAAUAAAGACUUGUUAAAAUUAGAUUAUCUACAGCCUUAACCCCCCUCCCACCCUCUGCUUCCCACCUCUUCUCUCCCUGUCCCUUCCCCUAAAGAAAUGCUGGUCCCUCAUGCCGGUAUCUACCUUGUCCUCAUCUCUUUUACUUUCCUGAUGCAUCUGGCCACUUGCCAAGAGAUCAUUAACACCCUGCCACCAGAUUUGGAGAAUGUCACAAUCACUGGACUCCUAGUUGUAAGUGUAAGCCCCUGCAGCAAAACCUGUGGGCUAGGCUGGAGGUCUGAGUAUUACUGCAGGCUGAACAAAAAGGCACACAUCAGUAACUGCACAUUGACAAAUGCCUUGUGCCUGAUCAACCAAGACUGUGGCCUCAUCGCUAAAACCACCACCGUGGGUGCCACCCUGAGCAUUAGCUGCUUGGAUGCGACUAUCAAAACUUUAGGAUCGUCCGAUUUCAUCUUUGUGUGGAAGAUUGCAAGAGGAAUUGUGACAACAGAUCUAUAUCUCUUCAAAGUCUUUCCAUUAAGGGAUACAAAAACACCAUGGAUGAUUAUCGUAAAGCUGAAAGCUUAUUCUACCUUCUGCAUCCUACUCAGAAUGUAUCUUGAGGACGACUACAUUAGGAAAUUCUUUGUCCCAAAUGUUCUGGCUCAGUGGUAUCAUGUGACUAAAGUAGUCAUUGUUUUUGUUCUCUAUCAAGAAUUUGAGUAUAGCGAAGAGAUGAUCUAUAAUGUUGCUGUCCCAAGGUUCAUGAAAGAGGCCCAGGGUUUGGAAAAUACUGUCAAAGGAGCCUUGAACGCCAAAGAGAAGCAUGCUGGGACAUAUAUGUGCCAAGUGCAGAACUCAAAAACGAUGCAAAUUGUCAAGCGAGUGCUAAUUGGAGUCCGAAUCAUCCCUGAAAACCUGGUGCAGCUGAACUAUUACGAAGUGCUGUCACCUGAGCAAAAGGAGGAGAUGGAAAUCCUUCAAGGAAACCCAGUGGCAAAGAAGCUGGGGAAAUCCUUCUGGGAAAAAGUAAAGGACCUAUUUAAAAGCACAAACAUGGCUAUUCGAGUGUUUGCCAUCGGUUUGGCAAUAGGAGGAAGUUUGGCUUUCGUUUUUGGAGCCAUAUUUUUAUGUAUGACAAAUAAGUGAAUGUUCAAUAAAUAAAUUAGAUUUUUA